UGAGUGAAUCUCUUUUGUUCUCUUUAACAUUCAGGAAUAGGAUGGAGAUGGAGGAUACUGGAGCUCUCUCUCAAUCUUGGGAAGGAACUGCCACAGGGGUCUGAAAACUGGCCUUUCAUUGGUGGGGGGGUCACCCGAAGGAUUAUUAUGGUGAAAGAGUCAAGAAGAGCUGAGUUCAAAACUGGCCCGAGACGCUCGCUAGCUGUGUAGUCCUGGGUCUGAUGUAGAGACGCUAAGGAUGCUUCGUUCUUGGACUCAUGGGCCAUGUGGGAGAUGCUCGGAGGGAGGGCCGGCACGGCGGCUCACCGAGGACCAGGGAGACCUCCCUCUCGGCGGCAGCCGGCGCCUCCCUUCAUCCCCGCUCGGUCCAGCUUGCCCACUCGCUUCCGGGCCUUUCGCAACCACGAGUGGGAAGUGGUAGAGCGCUCCCUCAGCGUCCUGCAAACCCGCGAUUUCUACUGGGGGCCUCUGUCAGUGCGUGAGGCCCACGCCCAGCUAGAAACAGAGCCCGUGGGCACCUACCUGCUGCGGGACAGUGCCCGGGAGGACUGCCUGUUCAGCUUGAGUGUCAGGAUUCCAUCGGGCCCCAUCAGCCUGCGGAUCACCUUCCACAAGGGCUACUUCUGGCUGAAACACUUGUGUUCGGACUGUGUGGUGAAGCUGCUCGAGAUGGCGGAAGAGGCGACUCGGACCAGCUCCCUUUAUUGUAAGGAGGGCUUUCCCCUGGUCUUCUCCACCCCAUUAAGAAGGAGCCACAGCUUGUCCCACCAGCAGGACUUACUCCAACAAAGCCCGUGUGCUUGGGGGGCAGAUGGACCCGAGGCAGGACACGGAGCAAAGGCCGCGGAGCAGGAGGACAUCCUAGACCCCCUUCAGCCUUGGCAGGAAGGGGGUCGGCUGCCCCCGAGGAUUCACCUUCCUCUUCACCACCACCCAAAGUAGGCUCUGAGCCAACUUCCGUGUAGUUGUGCCUGGGGAUUGAGCCUCUGUGCUCCACUGUGCAGAUGGACUAGCUCCUCUGGGAAGACCCAUUUUAAUGGCAGGGGAUGGAGGGAAAGAGACUCAUGCUUACUUGUGAAUUAACCAUUCCCAUGGGACGGGAAGGGGCCGUUGUCCAUCCUUGCUCUCCCACCGAUCCCCUUUAGUCCUUCCAGCUUUACAGGAGUCCUAUAUUAGAGCCAGACUUGAGCUCAUUCUAGCACAGUCUUUAAGAGGAGAGGGAGGGGAGAUGAAAUGGGACCCUUUCUUAAGUGGGUUUCCUUCUCCCUGCUAAAGGCAGCCUCCGAUGUACCUCCUCAUUUCUAAUGGAGAUGUUUUUCUCCAUCCCAGUAACAAGCCCAGCUUUGGCCAGACCCCAGUGGAGGAUUUCUAAUAAUCCUGAGGGGUGGGUUGAGACCCAUGGCCUUCUCCUUGACCCUCUCUCCUCGGUUCUCUAACCAAGGCUAAUUAACUCUGAGAGUCAGGGUCCCAAAGAGGUUUUUGGCUUGUGAGCCAGAUUAAUAGUCAGAUAAGAGAAAGGGAAAAAAGAUGGAGAUGUUCAAAAGAUGGAGAUAAAUUUCCUUCCUAUCCACAAUAACACCCAAAGCAUUAAUCUAGCAUCUUGUACUUUUAUAGUGCUCAGAUGCCACUUGGGACAACUCACAACCCUGCAGGAUAAGAGCGGAUUUUCAUCCCGAUAUUAAAAAUAAGGAGAUAGGCCGGAGGAAUUAAGCAAACCUCGCGGAGCUUGUGCCUGGCUAGUGGGAUGGGGCCUAGGAGGUGGAGCUUCUGAGUGAACAUCCAGGACUUUGCCAGUUACCUUGUACGGCCGCCAUGUUGUUUUUCCUGCAUUUAUUAUGGCCCCAGACUCUUGUUCUUAUGCAGGGAGGAGCAGAAAUUCUGUCAGAGUAUGAGCUAUGGGAGGGUGAGAGGCUCAAUGACCCCCUCCCCAUCAGGAAUUUCUGCUCCGGUAGAUGUUGAGUCUGUUAGCCUCUAAGGGAUGGUGUGGACCAGUGGAAGAGAAAAAAACAAAAAACGAGAGGGGCUCUGUGAGUUUCUAUAAAUGAAAUGCAUCAAAUGAACAGUGCCAGGGCCAGGAAACUCCAGAGUUGUAGAGCUCUCUGGCUGAAAGGAUCUGAAAUGGUAUCUAGUCCAGUGUCCCAUAUUAUAGACAGAUGGGAAAAGAAAUCAGGAAAUGAAGGGAUUUCACAUACCUGGUGAGUUGUAGAACCCAAGGCUGCUGGUUCCCAGUUCAUGGCCCUUUUCAAUUAAAUAACAUUGUCCUUUUUUAUCAUUUUUAAUUUUUUUUAUUGGUAAUACAUGUACAUUCAUUAAAAAAAAAACACAUUUCCUUAAGAAAUCAUGUUGGGAGACAAAAAUCAACAAAAGGGAAAAACCAUGAGAGGAAAAAUAUAACAAAAGAAAAAGAAAAAAAAGUGAAUCUAGCAUGUAUUGAUUUAUAUUCAUUCUUCAUAGUUCUCUCUCUGGAUGCAAAUGGCAUUUCCUGUCCAAAAUCUGUUGGGAUUGCUUUGGCUCACUUUGCUGAGAAGAACCAAGGCUUUCUAGUUGAUCAUUGAUCGCACAGUGUAUACAAUAUAUUCCUGAUUCUGCUUGUUUCGCUCAGCAUCAGUUUGUGUAAAUCUUUCCAGGUUUUUCUAAAAUCAGCUUGUUCAUCAUUUUUUAUAGGCAAUAAUAUUCCACCACUUUCAUAUAUACCAGAACUUAUUCAGUCAUUCCUCAGUUGAGGGGCAUUUGCCCAUUUUCCAUUUCUUUACCACCAUAAAAAAGCCACUGCAGACAUUUGGAUCCUUUCCCGUUCUUUAUGAUUUCCUUGGGAUACAGACCCAGUAAUGGCACUGCUGGGUCAAAGGGUAUGCACAGUUUGAUAGCCCUUUGGGCUUAGUUCCAAAUUGUUUUGAGAAUCAUUUCACAACUCCACCAACAAUGCAUCAGUGUCCCAGUUUUCUCACAUCCCUCCAACAUUUAUCCUUAUCUUUUCCUCUCAUCUUAGCCAGUCUCAUUUGCCUAACCAUGAUUCCUCAUAGAUAUGAGGGUACAGAGGAUAAGUAAUCCCUCAUCAGAAAAAUCUUGGAGUGUCAGCACUCAGCACAAUGACUGGUACACAGUAGGUGCCUAAUUACUGUUGAUUGAGAGAGGAAAGGUUCAUCCUCUAGGCAGGGAGGUUUGAUUCAGUGAUCUCUGAGGACCUCUACGACUCAGAAGGCUAAGGCUCACAUCCUAUUCAGUGACUUUACAUUUCUUGGGGCAUCACAGAACUCCCACAAAUUUGCCCGGAACCUCUUUCUGCGAUGAAAGUCGACAGGAUCCGGCCUGUUUUUGCCAUUACAAAGUUGUUAGGCAAUCGUACUCUGGAAAAUGGGGGUUUAGGGUAUUGCUUGAAACAAAUGUGCCAACACCACAUUGGUCAUGCCUCGGGGCGCUUGCAGAUCUGGGAUUUCCCCAGAUGGUGAUGAGUGAAUAUGAUUUGCAUUGUAAUUUGGCAGCGGGGGCCUCCUCGAAUGCUAGAGCCCUUAGAAAUGAGAUGAGGAGAAAGCAGAGACUUAGAAAAGAAAAGGGGGGCCCCACGGUCACUUAAUUCCGUCAAGGACCAGGUGUCCGCAGGAAGUUGGGGUGCAGAGUCCCCGAACAGCCAGAAAGUCAGAAAAGGCGAAGGUGGAUCAAGAGACAGAUGAGGAAGGAAUCUAGCGUACUCAGCUUUUCUGGUCUUGGGUUUCAAACAGUAAUUUCUUGCCAUUUCCUUUUUUUGACUUUCUUCAAAGGGGAGAGAGUUCUGGGAUAGGAGUCGGGAAGACCAGGCUUCAAAUCCCAGUCUCGGACACUAACUGUGGGACUUACACAGGUCACUGCCUUUUUGCUUGAGUUUCCUGUGGGAACAAUAAUGGCGCUUAUUUUUCAGGGAUAUUAUGAGCAUCAAAUGAGAUACUAUUGGUAGAGUGCCCGGUAGAUAAUAGGCAUUAAUAAAUGUGCGCUCCUUUCCCUUUCUUUUGCAAUCACUUUACCUGUUGUCUGUGCUGGGGAGACUCAUCUUUGGAAGGGAUUGUCAGCCAUUUUCAGAUUAUUCAACUCUCUCUUCUGAUGGUGGAAGAAGAACGUUGGGGUAACGGAUCAGUCCCGAACCUAGAGAAUGACCUUCUGAGUGAUGACUCCCAGGCUGAAGAUUACCCUAUCCACACCUCUGAACUUCACAGCCUCAAUGUCAUUGGCUCCAACUCCCCAAAUAAAAACUGUGUCUUAUAUUAUUCCAUUUGAUACUUAAACUAUAUAAACCCCUGAAGUUAACAGCCUCAGUGUCAUUGGAUCCAAAUCCCCAAAUAAAAACUGUUUCUUAUAUUAUUCCACUUGA